AAGCUGUAAGAAUCGGUUGGUGUGUGUGUGUGUGUGUGUGUGUGUGUAGGUGCGCGUUGGUGCGGCCGGACUGUAAGGACAAAAUACCUGAAUACAUACCGACACUAUGAGGACACACGGUAACUAUAAGGACAUGGCUGAUGUCCUUAUAAUUAAGGCAACGUAGAGCGGUUUAUUCAUGUUCCCUGAACUCCCUCCCGCUUUUUGGGAAAAUGUCCCAUUAUUUCCGCCCACCCGUUUUUUUUUUUUGUAUCAGCGUAUGCCCCCAGUGUAUGACGCGCCUCCAUCGGCAACUUGGCGCUACUGCAGCUUCAUUUCCGCCGCGUUUCAUUGGUCGAGCUGCGGAAUGCUCGUCAGCGAUUGGUUGCUUUGGAUAUCCGUCAAAGACCAUACGGACUUGAUGUGCGGUGGAGAGUUUAGUAAUUAAGCUAAAUUAACUUAAUUGGAGCGAGAUUUUCCUCUGUAAUAUCGACAGAAGAGUUUCAUCUGCUCAUGCUGAAGUCAACAUGGUAAGAAAAAGGAGAAUAAAACCUGAAGAGGAUGCAAAAGAACACACAUUGUCAGGCAAAGACAAGGCCUUCAUUGAGGGACGAGAAAUCAACACAUUUAAAAGGAGAGGUGUGUUUGCACUUGAACACAUUGAACCAACCACCUUUGUUGUUGAAUAUCGUGGGAUUCUCUCUCAAAGUAAACAUGUUAAAGACAUUAAUAGCAACUACUUGUUCGAUUUCACAUGGAAUGGAAAACGUUAUUGCAUAGAUGCUUCCAAAGAAGAUGGAACACUUGGCAGACUGGUCAAUGAUGAUCACAGAAAUCCAAACUGCAAAGUAAAGACGAUAAUUGCUGAAGGAAGGCCACACCUGUGCCUGUUUAGUAUAAGAGAUAUCUUUCCAGAUGAUGAGGUUACAUACAACUAUGGAGAUUCCUCUUGGCCAUGGCGUUCAAGGUUGCUGUGUGAAGACACAUCAGUGAGAGAGACUGAAGGUUGUGUUGGAGCUUCCACCUCAGGGAAAAAGUUGCUGUGUGAAGAUACAUCAGUGAGAGAGGCUGAAGGUUGUGUUGAUGCUUCCACCUCAGGGAAAAAGGCACCAUUUAAAGGCUAUUCAAAGACAGUUGCCAGUAAAGGAGUUUCAGCUUUGUCUGGAAAUGAAAUAUGCCACCAUGAAGUUCACAGUGCUGCUGUCUCCAGUUUGAAUUCUUGUGAAGAGUGCACUGGACCUGUGUCCGGUCUAAAAUGGCUUUGUUUAACUUGUAAAUUAUGUUCAAAAUCAUGGCACAAAACUUGCUUCAUGAAGAAUAUGAAAAUGCCAGAGGUUGAAUUUUCCAGUUUUGAAGAAACCAGCUCUGAUGAACAGUAUUCUCCAUGCCCUGAAUCUUUAAACAACGAAUCCUCUGAUGACUUCAUUCCAGACUCUCAACAAAACAGUGAUAGUGAUGACAGUCUGUCUGUCAAAACACAUAAACUACCAUCUCACAAGAACACACCAUCUGAGUCCAAGAUGGCAAAGAAUGUUCCACAACUCGCUCACUCUUCCUCCACUGAGCAAGACAUGGUGAAUGGUCAAUCCAGCUCCACUCAAGAACUCUUUUGUGACUAUGCAGCCGGUAAUGAUACUACAAAAAAAGCAGAGACACUUCAGAGUUUUAAGAAGACACCAGUAGAAUCUUUUAAUAAACAGUCAACAAUUGAAAAUAUGACAAGUCCCAAAGAAUCGCCCCCAAAAAAAUUUUUCACCCAAAAAAAUUACUGUUAUGUUUGCAAAAAACCUCAGUCAAAAAUCGUCCGUCACUUUAAAAAGCAUCAAGACAGUGAGGCAGAAAUUGCUGCUGCAUUCCUGCUCCCUAAACACUUCCAGGACCGAAGAAAGUUACUUGAGAAGCUACGGAACAGAGGCAACUAUGAACAUAAUCAAGAGGUUAUGGGAAAUAAAUGUGGACCACUGAAAGUUAAAAGAAGGCCGGGAAGAUCGGAGAUUAAAGUUAGAGCCAAAACAUAUGUUCACUGUGUAUACUGUAAAGGCCUGUUUGUUCGCAAGGAGCUGUGGCGCCAUACACGGCGAUGUCCUUCAAAGAUGUCUUCAGAGUCUGAAGCAACUGGCAAAGCCAAAGUCUUAGUUUUGGCUGAUCUUUCAGAAUCUACUUUUUCCCAAGCAAUAUCUCCUGAGGUGUGGAAGAUCUUGGGAAAUAUGAAGAAUGAUGACAUUUCAUCUGUAGUUCGAAAUGAUUUUCUCAUACUGCAGUUGAGUCAGUGUCUUUACAACAAGCAUGGAAGUGAUCCAACAAAAUUUGAAUACAUCAGACAGAAGGUCCGGGAAAUGGGCAGACUUUUGCUAAGUUUAAGAAAAAAAUACUCCAUAUUUAGUUUUGAAGAUGCCGUGAAACCAAACAAUUUUUACAAAGUCAUAGAGGCUGUGAAAGAUGUUGCUGGUUAUGAUGAGAAGACCCACUUGUAUAAGACGCCAAGUCUUGCACUGAAGUUAGGACAUUCGCUCAAGAAGAUUGGUGACAUUAUUCUUUGCAGGGCCAUCGCAGCAGAGAAUGAUGAUAUGAUUAAAGCAGCAGAGCGAUUCAAAAGACUGUGCUCAAGUGAAUGGGCAGAACACAUCUCCCAUGCAGCUCUUGCUACUUUGAGCAAAUCAAAGUUCAACAAACCAUCUACUAUACCAUUCACACAGGAUGUGCAGCUUCUGCACCAAUACCUAGAGAAGAAAUCUGCUGAUGCUUUUGAAAGCCUAAAACAUAAUGAGUCUUCACAAACGUAUGCAGAACUUGCCAAAGUGACACUUGCACAAGUAAUAGUCUUCAAUAGACGUCAUGCAGGGGAAGUCUCUAAAAUGAUGCUCGAGUCUUUUAAGAAAAGAGACCAGACUGAACUCCAUGAGGACAUAGCUGUCGGUCUCUCUCCAUUUGAGCAAAAAAUGUCCAAGCAGUUCAGCAGAGUAGAAACAAUGGGUAAAAGAGGGAGAAAAGUUGCUGUUUCGUUAAACCACGAACUUGUCAGUGCAAUGCAACUUCUUGUAGACAAAAGAGAUGCAUGUGAAGUAGACAGGGACAACCCCUUUCUGUUUGGAAGACCAAAGUGCUCAGCAACCAGCUUCUUUAGAGGACAAGACUGCAUCAGGAUUUUUGCAAGUCAGUGUGGUGCAAAGAACCCUGAAUAUCUCCGAUCUACACAACUCCGUAAGCAGGUGGCAACAAUGUCCCAGAUUCUUAAUCUUAAGAAUAAUGAACUGGAUCAGCUAGCCAACUUUUUGGGCCAUGACAUUCGGGUCCAUAGAGACUAUUAUCGGUUGCCAGAUGCAACUAUAGAAAUUGCAAAAAUCUCAAAGCUGCUCCUGGCAAUGGAGAAAGGAAAUCUCACAAGUUUCCAAGGAAAAUCUCUGGAUGAAAUUGAAAUUCAAGAUGAAAUGGAUGUGGAAAUAGAUGAAGAAAUAAGCGAUGAAGAUGAAGAAUCAGAUCCUGCCCAUGACGUAGGAGGAAACAAAAAAAGGACCCAGGUUGAGGAAGAAAGUCACAAGGGUAAAAGAAAAAUGGCCAUGGAGGAGGCUGACAGCUCUACAGGAAAAAGAAAAAAUAAUCAAGAUGAAGCUGAGAGCUCCAGAGAGGCCAAAUCACGGAGAACUGUAAAAAAGCCAUGGGGCCCAGAUGAAGUGAAUGCUGUCAUGAAGCAUUUUAAAAGUCAUAUUUUAAAGGGACACCUUGCAACAAAAGCAGAGUGUGAGCAGUGCAAAAGAGCAGAGGGACCUGUUCUAAAAGAAAGAACAAUACAAAAUAUAAGGGAUUUUGUGAGGACCCGUGGUGUGCAGUAUAAGAAAUGUUCUUAGGCCGUUGUGUUUUGUGAUGGAAGGUGUUGCCUUCCAUUAAUGCUUGUGGCUUUUGUUCAAGUUGAUCCAGAGAUUUCAAAAUAGAAGGUGUUUAAGAUGCCAUAUUUACUUUUGUUAAAAUGCUGUUUUAACAUAAAAAAAAUUUUAUAAUUUUUUUUUAUUAGUGAAUACAGAAAUCG